GAAACCUUGCUCCAGUGGAGAGCUCCCGGUUUUUCCCUCUUACUGCUCGCGCUUUCUUUACGCGUGGGAAACUUCAGACGUGUGUAGUCAUUCACGCGCUGCUUUUCAUCAUCGAGGUGUUUAGAAGUCAGAAGUAACGAACGUGUAAAUGCGCUCGCGCAGGAAGCACAGUCAUGUAACGGGACCGGCUACUCUGCGGUUUAGGGUUUUGUUGUUUGGUUUGGGUUGGGUUGGUUUUUGCGAGUGUGAAUCUCUGAUCCAUGAAUGAGAGGAAGCCUCCAUUCAUUUGCAGGCAGAUGUGCGCGUCGCGGCUGGGAGCACGCGCUGGGGAGCCUGCAGGAGACAGUUCCUCAGCCAGGGCUUCGGCUUUGCUUGUGUCCGGUCCUGCACAGACGUUUACUAAUGAAGUUGUGUAACUGACAAAGUAGCGGAUUUAUAUAGAUUUGGUGUCAAAACCCAAUCCAUCAGCAGCCAGGCUUCAUUAUAACGAGUCGCAAGUAGUGGAGUGAAGAUAUGAGCAACUCAGUACAGUGUGUCCAGGAAGAAUCAUACAUAAAGAAAGUCUUCCUUAGACUGAUCUGAAGAGUCUGUUGUUGUAUCAUAUCUACACUUUAUUACCUCAACCUGGACCAUAGUUCUAGACUUCUAGUACAAGUGCAAUAACCUAAUUUACUGUUAUGUUCUAUACCUUUAUAGUUAUAUAGUUAUAGAUAUAUAACACACUGUCAUGUGUUUACACAGAGAGCACAGAUGUGUGUGUUUAAUCUAAACGUGAAAAAGAUCUGGGACUGAAACACUUCCCAUACAAGUAAAGCAAAAAUCAUGCACUUAAAAAGAGAAGUAAAUAAGCCUCUAAAGUACACACUUCUUUAGAGUGUUUCAGUCGGCUUUUAAAAACUUCAAGGAAUGUGUUAAGAAAUGCAAUACCUAAUGAAGGUUGCGCCCACAUAGUGUCUGCUGUGCAUGUGUGUGGUCCACAUCAAGCUGUGACGUUUGAAUUGUUUGGCACAUGAAACUGGAUAGUUCAAAAUCACCAUUUCCGUUUCCUCGAAGCCAAAUAGUCAUACAGGCACUGAUUACUGGCUAGUUAAACAGCGCCGGCUCUGCAAGAUAGUCAGAGAGGAGCCUUCAGAUUGUGCCGUGGUUCCAUAACAUGAUGUUUUAUUCAUUGGACGGUUCAGUCAGCGUUCCAGUUAUCAAGUUAUGCAAUAGCAUUUAGCUCAUGGAGGGCUUUCAACAUUUAACCCAGGGGAAGGCUGCGGGUCAGAAAGCUCCGCUGUGGCUCCGGGCAAGGUUCCAGGCUCUCCUCUUUACUCUGGGUUGUCAUAUUCAGCGACACUGUGGAAAAGUGCUUUUUAUUGGACUCCUCGUGUUUGGAGCCUUCUCGGUUGGCCUGCGAGUGGCCGCCAUUGAGACAGACAUUGAACAGCUAUGGGUGGAAGCUGGCAGUAGGGUGAGCAGGGAAUUGCGUUACACAAAGGAGAAGCAAGGAGAAGAGGCAGUGUUCACCUCACAGAUGCUCAUACAGACACCCAAACAGGAAGGAACCAAUAUUCUUACCCAGGAAGCUUUGUUGCUCCACCUGGAGGCUGCUGUGUCUGCCAGCAAAGUCCAGGUGUCUCUUUAUGGAAAAUCCUGGGAUCUUAACAAAAUCUGCUUCAAAUCUGGAGUCCCAGUUAUAGAAAAUGUCAUGAUUGAGAGGAUGAUUGACAAGCUAUUCCCCUGCAUGAUUGUGACCCCACUGGACUGCUUCUGGGAGGGCUCCAAACUGCAGGGAGGCUCAGCGUACUUACCGGGGAUGCCUGACAUUCAGUGGAUGAAUCUGGACCCUCUGAAGCUCAUGGAGGAGUUGAGCCAGUUCACCUCAUUAGAAGGUUUCAAGGAGAUGCUGGACAAGGCUCAAGUAGGCCAUGCCUACAUGAACCGGCCUUGUCUUGAUCCCAGGGACCCAGACUGCCCACUCAGUGCCCCCAACAAGGACCUGCAGCAGAGUCCAGAUAUUGCUGUGGAACUACAGGGUGGCUGCCAUGGUUUCUCAAAGAAGUUCAUGCACUGGCAGGAGGAGCUGAUCCUGGGGGAACGGAUGAAGAACUCGCAGGGUUUUUUGCAGAGUGCAGAGGCUUUGCAGACCAUGUUUCUCCUCAUGAGCCCCAAGCAGCUAUAUGAACACUUUAAGGAUGACUAUGAGAUCCAUGACAUCAACUGGAAUGAGGAUAAGGCCACUGCCAUCCUGGAGUCCUGGCAGAGAAAGUUUGUUGAGGUGGUCCAUGGAAGCAUUCCCCAGAACUCCUCCUCUAAUGUCCACGCUUUUUCUACCACUACACUCAAUGACAUUAUGAAGUCCUUCUCCGAUGUCAGUGUCAUCAGGGUAGCAGGAGGUUACCUGCUCAUGCUGGCCUAUGCAUGUGUGACCAUGCUCCGCUGGGACUGUGCUAAGAGUCAAGGGGCAGUGGGGCUGGCUGGAGUGCUGCUGGUGGCUCUGUCUGUAGCUGCAGGUUUAGGGUUAUGCUCUCUGCUGGGGUUGUCUUUCAACGCCGCCACUACACAGGUGCUGCCAUUUUUGGCACUGGGCAUAGGGGUGGAUGACAUGUUCCUUCUGGCUCAUUCUUUCACUGAGACUGGCUCCAACAUCCCCUUCAAGGAAAGGACUGGUGACUGUCUCAGAAGGACUGGCACUAGUGUGGCUCUCACCUCUAUUAACAACAUGAUUGCCUUCUUCAUGGCAGCCCUAGUGCCCAUUCCUGCCCUUCGGGCUUUCUCAUUGCAGGCUGCUGUUGUGGUGGUAUUUAAUUUUGCUAUGGUCUUGCUCAUCUUCCCUGCAAUUCUGAGUCUGGAUUUGCAUAGACGCAAGGACAAAAGACUGGACAUCCUUUGUUGCUUCUACAGCCCAUGUUCCUCUCGAGUAAUCCAAAUCCAGAGUCAGGAGUUCUCUGAUGCCAAUGAUAACCAUACUCACCCUCAUGACCCAGCCACCCCGACUUUUGCUGGUUCCACAAUCACCACCAGCACCCACAUCACCACCACAGUGCAGGCUUUCACCCAGUGUGAUGCUGCUGGACAGCACAUUGUCACCAUUCUGCCCCCAACAUCUCAGAUCUCCACCAGCCCUCCAUCUGUGGUGCUGUCACCCCCAGACCCCAGACCAGCUGCUGACCCUUACGGCUCCCAGCUAUUCAUGCCUUCCAGCUCCACCCGGGACCUGCUAGCCCAAGCAGAGGAGCCUCGACUGGGACGCGAGUGUGUGCCUCUGCCCUUUUUGCAGUGGAACCUGCCCCGCUUUGCCCGAGAGAAGUAUGCACCGCUUCUGCUUAAGCCCGAGACGAAGACUAUGGUGGUGGUGGUAUUUGUGGCACUGCUCAGCCUUAGCCUCUAUGGUACCACCAUGGUCCACGACGGCCUUUACUUGACAGAUAUUGUGCCCAGGGACACAAAGGAGUAUGAUUUCAUUUCGGCCCAGUUCAAAUACUUCUCUUUCUACAACAUGUACUUGGUCACAAUGGAUGGCUUUGACUAUGCUCACUCUCAACGUGAGCUCCUGCAGCUUCACAAUGCAUUCAACUCAGUCAAGUACAUUGUGAGAGACAGUAAUCAAAAACUGCCCCGCAUGUGGCUCCACUACUUCCAGGACUGGCUCCGAGGACUCCAAGCUGCAUUUGAUGCUGACUGGGAAGCAGGCAGGAUCACCUAUGACAGUUACCGCAAUGGUACUGAGGAUGGAGCAUUAGCUUACAAACUCCUUAUCCAGACUGGUUCUAAGAAAGAGCCAUUCAAUUAUAGUCAGUUGACAUCUCGCCGCCUGGUGGAUAAUGAUGGUCUGAUCCCCCAAGAGGUCUUCUACAUCUACCUGACUGUGUGGGUCAGUAAUGAUCCACUAGGCUAUGCUGCAUCACAGGCCAAUUUCUAUCCCCACCCUCAUGAGUGGACCCAUGAUAAAUAUGAUACCACUGGAGAGAACCUACGUAUCCCAGCUGCUGAGCCGCUGGAGUUUGCCCAGUUCCCCUUCUACCUGAAUGGUCUUCGGCAGGCUUCAGACUUCAUUGAGGCCAUUGAGAGUGUGCGCUCCAUCUGUGAAGAAUUUAUGCGCAAGGGCAUCCCAAACUACCCCAAUGGAUACCCGUUCCUUUUCUGGGAACAGUACAUUGGCCUACGCCACUGGUUCCUGCUGUCUGUCAGUGUGGUGCUGGCCUGUACCUUCCUGGUGUGUGCCAUCCUGCUGCUCAACCCCUGGACAGCAGGCAUUAUUGUUUUUAUCUUGGCUAUGAUGACAGUAGAGCUGUUUGGCAUUAUGGGCCUGAUUGGUAUCAAGUUGAGUGCCAUCCCUGUGGUUAUCCUUAUUGCCUCUGUUGGCAUUGGAGUGGAGUUCACUGUGCAUGUUGCACUGGGCUUCCUGACUGCCAUCGGGGACAGAAACACACGCUCAGGUGUGGCUCUAGAGCACAUGUUUGCACCUGUGAUGGAUGGUGCCAUCUCCACUUUACUUGGAGUGCUUAUGCUGGCUGGCUCUGAGUUUGACUUCAUCAUGAGGUACUUUUUUGCAGUGCUGGCCAUUUUGACAUUGUUGGGAAUUCUAAAUGGCUUGGUAUUGCUGCCUGUUCUGCUAUCAAUCAUGGGCCCUCCAGCCGAAGUCAUUCUUGCCAAUAAUGCCAGCGGUCUCUCCAGUCCCUCAUCCGAGCCCGUGCCCAGGAUUAUGAACAACCAUGGCUACUAUGCUGGGCACAUCCCCAGAGCACCACGACAGGCCUUCACUGAGGUCUCAGACUCUGAGUACUACUCCGAAACAACCAACACGUCUGGGAUUGGUGAUGAGGACUACAAGCACUGUGACAGAAAUGCGUACAUAACCACACCUACACUGCCUCCAACUUCCCACAUACUGCUGGAGGCCAGCAAGAACCCAUCUUUUCCGAAGCUCACAGUGGUAAAGCCUUAUAGUGAAAUUCCAUCUGCAACAAGCCCAAAAGAUCCACCCAGUGAGGCAGCCCAGAAUGCAGUAAACUCCAUCAGUUCACAGGUCACACGGUGGGAUGGAAAGCCGGAGUACCAGGGAUCUAGGCGAGACCCUUUACCCAAUGACAGUGCAUACACUCAUGGGAGGACUACUCACUGUGGUCCCAGGCUACAGCAAGGCAGAGGGCCACAGCAGAACAGGACUAAAGCUCUGCCCCAUGGUGGAAAUACACUGCAGCAGCCAAGCAACACUGUCACCAUGGUUACGGCCACUGCCUCGGUAACCGUGUCAGUGCACCCCAAUCUGCCGGGGUCAUAUCAGGGUAGCAUGCACGAGGUCUUUGAGGAUAGCGUGUCAGACUCUUUUGAGAACUCUAAGAGGACUUCACAAACAUACGGGAGAGCUAAUCAGCCUUCCAAGAGAGACUCUUUGCAACUGCAAGAUCUGGAAUCCCUAGAUAACAACCAGCAUCAAGCUAAACAGGGUCUAGGUGGUACAUGGACACAAACAGCCAAAGAUUGCUAGACAGCACACAUCUUCACCCCCACAAUCCCACAAACCCUUUUGUCUGGAAUCUAUCUAUGGCUGUUUUGGGAUGUCCCUAUGCUCUGUCUUUCUGAACUGUACAUAAACCUCACAGAUAAGAGGAUUUAUUUUAAAAGAUUAAAAUUAUACAUUUAUAAAUAUAUAUUUUAAUACUAAAAAGAGGGGAAAACUAUUUAAAAGAGUACUGUAUCACUUGUGUAUUCUCUUAUGUAAAUUCAGAUAUAAGAGGAUUCAUAGGCUUUGUUUCCUCUUUUGUAAAGAUUAAGAAAUGUGUUAUAUGUAAAAAUUCAGAGAAGUUAAAUAUUAGGUUAUUGAAAAUGAAAGGUCAGUGUUCUUUUUUGCUGCUAUACAUCAUAUAUGAUGAGACGAUUUGCCUUGAAAAUGCGCAGUACCCCCUCCUCAAUGUAAGCUGUAACAUAACAUUAACAUGUUCUUACACUGCAAAUGUCUUCAGCUUGUUCCCAGAUUACAUUACAUUUAUAUGUAUUCAUUUGGCAAACACUUCUAUUCAAUGUGACUUAGAAGAGAGACAGAAUCCAAUUUGAGCAGUUGAGGCUUAAGGGCCUGCCCAAAGGCCCAGCAGUGGAUAUCUAGCAGUGUUGGGAUUUUAACUCACAACCUUACAGUCCCUGACACAGAACUUUAACCGCUGAGCUACCACUGCACUGUGUUCACUGAUGGUGUCUUGUCUUUGAUUGCACUGUAACAUGUAGAAACUUAAAGAGAUAUUCCAUCCAUUUUUCGUCACAAAUAAUUAAUUUCUUUGAAAUAUUUCUCCCUACCUUUAUUUUAUUGACAGCAACCACUGUGCCUUUGUUAUUUUACAUACAAUUGGAAACUAUAUUUUACAUUGGUGUAGUUCUCAUGAAAAAUGACACACUUCCUUCUGUGGUCCUAAAUUUGAACCUGAAGGUUCCUCCACCUGUAGUACAUUAUAGUUCUCACUGUCUCCUCUGUCUGUUGAGGUCAGUAAAACAUGCUGUGUUCUUCAGGACUACAAGAUCAAAUGACAUUCACUUCCUAGGUAUUUUGGAUUCAUUUUUGCAGAUAAUACACUUGAAUACUUUAAGGGGCAGCAAGAUAGAGAUUUUUUUAUUUUUUAAAUAUCAUUAGCUAUAUAGUGAGUUAAGUCUCACAUUUGUUCCAAUGCUCCUGCUGAAGCUAUGAGAGAUAUAGCAGGUCAGUUAUAUGGUCAAUAUUGAAUUAUUAUUUUCCCCAAAUGUCACUCAGAAAGGGAAUCUUAUUUAAGUACAAAGGGAGGUCAGUUUUUUUUUGUUUUUGGCUGCUUUAGAGAUAAUACAUAGUUGAAGUCCUGUGCAAUGGUGGAUUAGGUCGUUCUGCAGGCUUCUCCAGCUAGGCCAGUGUAUCACUCUUAGAGCUCAUUCAAGCCAGUAUUUCUUCUUUUCUGUCUCUUGGAUUUUGAGUUUUUCAAUACUGGUCACAACACUGCCAGGUUAAACCCAGGGAAACAUUAGAUUUAAGUGGCAGCUUUGUUUCUUUGUUGUAAUAGAACUAGAAACAGAACAAUAUGUAGCUACUGAAUCUAAAAGACAACAAAAAAACAACAUAACACAAAGUCAAGCAAGCGAUCCACAGUAUACAUGUACAUGAAGUACAUGCAUGGUGAGAUAGCAGAAAGGAAAGACUAGGGGAUGGGGGUCCUGUAUUUCUAUUUGAAAUGUAUGUCAUGCCAUAUGAAUUAUUUAUAUAAAAAGUUUUAUUUUUGUAGUUUGUACAGAUGUUAGUCACUAGACUGAUGUUAUAUUUUUAAAGAGUAAAUAUAUUACAAAUGCAAAUAUAUAUAUAUAAUUAUAUCUAUUUGUUGCUUUUUUGGGGCGGGGGGUGUAAAAUUGGUUGGAGUGGAGGUUUUCAGUUUUUUUAUUUGCUGUUAGAUGAGAAGAAAUUCUGUUUGGAAAAUGAAGGAUGGGUUUGUGGUUGUCGCUGUCCACCUUGUGUAGAUGUCCUUGCCUUUCUUCUUCAUCUAAAGAUUUGAACAAUAUCUAUUUGUUGUCUAAAACACUGACUUCAGAAAUCCAUGUGCAAGAAAAAAAAAAAACACACAACCUUUGUGUGAUCAUCAUUCCCCUUCACCCUUAAUAAGAUUUCAACUAACAAAAUAAAUGUUAAAAAUCAACUUGAA